CCGGAGAGCUGGAGUGUGCGAGCUGGAUUGAUAAACAACCCCCAAGAGCCGGGUUAGACUUGUCUGUGCUCCGCCAUGUUGUCCCUGCGUAAGAUCAGAGUCCAGAAAAUGGAUUCAAGCGGAGUCAAAGUGCUGGAGACAGCGGACGAUAUCCAGGAGCGUCGCCAGCAGGUUCUAGACCGCUACCUGCGAUUCAAGGAGCUCUCCACCAUCCGCCGCCAGAAGCUGGAGGAUUCCUACCGCUUCCAGUUCUUCCAACGUGAUGCUGACGAACUUGAAAAAUGGAUCCAGGAGAAGCUCCAGAUCGCAUCAGAUGAGAACUAUAAAGACCCAACCAACCUUCAGGGGAAGCUGCAGAAACACCAGGCCUUUGAGGCAGAAGUACAAGCCAAUUCGGGAGCGAUCGUAAAACUGGACGAGACUGGAAACCUGAUGAUUUCAGAGUCUCACUUUUCAUCAGAGACCAUCAGAGUACGUUUAGUAGAGCUGCACCGUCUAUGGGAGCAGCUGCUCUUGAAAAUGCAGGAGAAGGGGAUCAAACUGCAACAGGCCCAGAAGCUUGUCCAGUACCUGCGGGAGUGUGAGGAUGUUCUAGAUUGGAUCAAUGACAAGGAAGCAAUUGUUACAUCGGAAGAGCUGGGACAAGACCUGGAGCAUGUAGAGGUCCUGCAGAAGAAGUUUGAAGAGUUCCAGACUGAUCUCGCAGCUCACGAAGACCGGGUUAAUGAAGUGAACCAGUUCGCAAGCAAGUUAGCCCAGGAGGAACAUCCAGAACUUGACUUAAUAAAAACCAAACAAGAUGAAGUCAACAACAGCUGGCAGCGCUUGAAGGGGCUGGCCCAGCAGAGACAGGGAAAGCUGUUUGGAGCUGCGGAAGUUCAACGCUUUAACAGAGAUGUAGAUGAAACCAUUGGCUGGAUCAGAGAGAAGGAGCAGCUGAUGGCAUCAGAUGACUUUGGCCGUGAUCUUGCAAGCGUGCAAGCCCUUCUGCGUAAGCACGAGGGUCUAGAGAGAGACCUGGCCGCCCUAGAGGAAAAGGUGAAAGCUUUGUGCACAGAGUCAGAUCGUCUGCAGGAGUCUCAUCCUCAGAACGCUCCUCAGAUCCAGGUGAAAGGGAAGGAGCUUCUCUCAAAUUGGGAGCAAAUUCGCACACUGGCAGCGGAACGCCAUACACGUCUCAAUGACUCUUACAAGUUGCAGAGAUUCCUUGCAGAUUUCCGAGACCUGACCAGCUGGGUGACUGAAAUGAAGGCACUGAUCAAUGCGGAUGAGCUCGCCAAUGACGUGGCCGGAGCAGAGGCUCUUCUUGAUAGACACCAAGAACACAAGGGUGAAAUUGAUGCUCAUGAAGACAGUUUUAAAGCUGCUGAUGCUGCAGGACACGCCCUGCUGAGUGCCGAUCACUACGCUUCUGAUGAAGUCCGUGAGAAGCUGACUAUCUUGGCAGAGGAGAGAACCACCCUCCUAGAGCUGUGGGAGCUUCGCAGACAGCAGUAUGAGCAGUGCAUGGACCUUCAGCUCUUCUACAGAGACACCGAACAAGUGGACAACUGGAUGAGCAAGCAGGAGGCUUUCCUGCUCAACGAGGACCUGGGAGAUUCUCUGGACAGUGUUGAAGCACUGUUGAAGAAACACGAGGACUUUGAAAAAUCCCUUAGCGCCCAAGAGGAGAAGAUCACGGCCCUGGAUGAAUUUGCCACAAAACUGAUUCAAAAUAAUCACUAUGCAAAGGAUGAUGUCGCUACUCGCAGAGACGCGCUCCUCAGUCGCCGUAACGCACUUCACGAGCGUGCUUUGUACCGCCGUACUCAGCUGACGGACUCCUUCCACCUGCAGCAGUUUUUCAGAGACUCUGACGAGUUGAAGAGCUGGAUUAAUGAGAAGAUGAAGACUGCUACUGAUGAGGCAUACAAGGAUCCAUCCAAUCUCCAGGGUAAAGUUCAGAAGCACCAGGCUUUUGAGGCUGAGCUCUCUGCUAACCAAAGCCGCAUUGAUGCUUUGGAGAACUCCGGACAGAAGUUGAUUGACGUCAACCACUACGCAUCUGAUGAGGUGGCAGCCCGUAUGAAUGACGUGAUCACUUUGUGGAAGAGGCUUUUGGAGGCCACAGAACUGAAAGGUAUAAAAUUGCGUGAAGCCAACCAGCAACAACAAUUUAACAGAAACGUGGAAGACAUCGAGCUGUGGCUGUAUGAGGUGGAGGGGCAUCUAGCUUCCGAUGAUUACGGGAAAGACUUGACCAAUGUGCAAAACCUUCAGAAGAAGCAUGCUCUGCUGGAGGCUGAUAUUGCAGCUCACCAGGAUCGUAUAGAUGGAAUCACCAUCCAGGCUCGUCAGUUCCAGGAGGCUGGCCACUUUGAUGCAGACAAUAUCCGGAAGAAACAGGAGGCCUUGGUUGGCCGAUAUGAGGCUCUGAAGGAUCCUAUGGUUGCUCGCAAGCAGAAACUGUCUGACUCUCUGCGCCUGCAGCAGCUUUUCCGGGAUAUUGAAGACGAGGAGACUUGGAUAAGGGAGAAAGAGCCUAUUGCAGCCUCUACCAACAGAGGCAAGGAUUUGAUCGGUGUCCAGAACUUGCUUAAGAAACACCAAGCUCUGCAAGCUGAAAUAGCUGGACAUGAACCUCGCAUCAAAGCCGUCACACAGAAGGGAAACAAUAUGAUUACUGAAGGACACUUUGCUGCUGAUGAGGUGAAGGUGAAGUUGAGGGAGCUGAACGAUAAGUGGGGAUCUCUCCGGAAUAAGGCGUCCCAGCGCAGGCAGGACCUGGAAGACUCCCUGCAGGCCCAGCAGUACUUUGCUGAUGCGAAUGAAGCAGAGUCCUGGAUGAGAGAGAAGGAGCCUAUUGUUGGGAGCACAGAUUACGGCAAAGAUGAAGACUCUGCAGAGGCUCUUCUGAAGAAGCAUGAGGCUUUGAUGUCCGAUCUCCGAGCAUAUGGAAGCAGCAUUCAGUCUUUGAGGGAGCAGGCCCAGUCUUGCAGGCAACAAGUUGCGCCAACAGAUGAUGAAACCGGGAAAGAGCUGGUCCUUGCGCUCUACGAUUACCAGGAGAAGAGCCCACGGGAAGUGACCAUGAAGAAGGGCGACAUCCUAACUCUGCUUAAUAGCACUAAUAAGGAUUGGUGGAAGGUGGAAGUGAAUGACCGCCAGGGUUUUGUCCCUGCUGCGUAUGUGAAGAAGUUGGAUCCCGCACAGUCGGCUUCUCGCGAGAACUUACUAGAAGAACAAGGCAGCAUUGCACUACGGCAGGAGCAGAUCGAUGGCCAGCCUCUCAUACCUAAGGAAGCUGGCAGUGUAUCUCUGCGUAUGAAUCAGGUUGAAGAACUAUACCACAACAUUCUGGAGAUGGGAGAGAAGCGUAAAGACAUGCUGGAAAAGAGCUGCAAGAAGUUCAUGGUGUUCCGGGAGGCCAAUGAGCUGCAGCAAUGGAUUAAUGAGAAGGAAGCUGCGCUCACCAAUGAGGAAGUGGGAACGGAUCUGGAGCAGGUGGAAGUGUUACAGAAGAAGUUUGAUGAUUUCCAGAAGGACCUGAAGGCUAAUGAAUCCCGUCUGAAAGAUAUCAACAAAGUUGCCGACGAUCUUGAAUCUGAAGGGCUGAUAACGGAGGAAGUGCAAGCUGUACAGCAGCAGGAGGUGUAUGGCAGCAUGCCAAGGGAUGAAGCAGAUGCCAAAGGAGCAUCACCAUGGAAGUCUGUAAGGACCGCUGUACACGCUGUGGCCACCUUCAAUUCAAUCAAGGACCUAAAUGAACGCUGGAGAUCCCUUCAGCAGCUGGCAGAGGAGCGCAGCCAACUCCUGGGCAGCGCACAUGAAGUGCAGAGAUUCCACAGAGAUGCUGAUGAGACAAAAGAAUGGAUUGAGGAGAAGAACCAGGCUUUGAACACAGACAGUUAUGGCCAUGAUUUGGCAAGUGUCCAGGCUCUCCAACGCAAGCAUGAGGGAUUCGAGAGAGAUCUGGCUGCUCUGGGUGACAAGGUGAAUUCCCUGGGAGAGACUGCCCAGCGCCUCAUCCAGUCUCAUCCAGAGUCUGCUGAUGAUAUACAAGAGAAAUGCACCGAGCUCAACCAAGCGUGGAACAGCCUUGGCAAACGGGCUGACAAGCGGAAGGAGAAACUAGGAGACUCUCAUGACCUUCAGCGCUUCCUGAGUGACUUCAGGGAUCUCAUGUCUUGGAUCAAUGGCAUUCGUGGCCUUGUGUCAUCUGAUGAACUCGCCAAAGAUGUCACUGGAGCUGAAGCUCUCCUGGAGAGGCACCAGGAGCAUCGCACAGAAAUUGAUGCCAGAACUGGCACUUUUCAGGCCUUCGAGCAGUUUGGGCAGCAGCUGCUAUCUCGAGGCCAUUAUGCCAGUCCUGAAAUAAAGGAGAAGCUUGACAUACUGGACCAAGAACGUGCCAGCUUGGAGAAGUCCUGGGUGCAGCGCAGGAUGAUGUUGGAUCAGUGUUUGGAACUCCAGCUCUUCAACAGGGACUGUGAGCAGGCAGAGAACUGGAUGGCUGCACGUGAAGCUUUCCUCAAUAGUGAAGACAAAGGGGAUUCCCUGGAUAGUGUUGAGGCUCUCAUCAAGAAACAUGAGGACUUUGAUAAAGCAAUUAAUGUGCAGGAGGAGAAGAUCGCUGCCCUGCAGGCUUUUGCUGAUCAGUUGGUAUCUGCCAACCACUAUGCCACAGGAGAUAUUGCUGCUCGUCGUAAUGAGGUCUUGGACAGGUGGCGCCGUUUGAAGGCUCAGAUGAUCGAGAAGAGAUCCAAGCUUGGCGAAUCGCAGACUCUGCAGCAGUUUAGCAGAGACGUGGAUGAGAUUGAAGCCUGGAUUAGUGAGAAGCUGCAGACGGCCAGUGAUGAAUCUUACAAGGAUCCCACAAACAUCCAGCUUUCCAAACUACUGAGCAAACACCAAAAACACCAGGCAUUUGAGGCAGAGCUUCAUGCCAACGCUGAUCGUAUCCGUGGCGUCAUCGACAUGGGAAACUCUCUCAUCGAUCGCGGAGCUUGUGCCGGCAGUGAGGAUGCAGUGAAGGUCCGCCUGGGAGCACUUGCCGAUCAGUGGCAAUUCUUGGUGCAGAAAUCUGCGGAGAAGAGCCAGAAGUUGAAGGAAGCCAACAGACAGCAGAACUUUAACACUGGCAUCAAGGACUUUGAUUUUUGGCUUUCAGAGGUGGAGGCUUUGCUGGCUUCAGAAGAUUAUGGGAAGGACUUGGCAUCUGUCAAUAACUUGCUUAAGAAACACCAGCUACUGGAGGCAGAUAUUUCUGCCCAUGAGGACCGUCUGAAAGAUCUGAACGGUCAGGCUGACAGUCUGAUGACCAGCAGUGCUUUUGAUACCUCCCAAGUGAAGGAGAAACGCGAUGCCAUCAAUGACCGAUUCCAACGCAUUAAAAGCAUGGCAUCUGCGCGCCGCGGCAGGCUGAAUGAGUCUCACCGCCUUCAUCAGUUCUUCAGGGACCUCGAUGACGAAGAAUCCUGGAUCAAGGAGAAGAAGCUCUUGGUUGGUUCAGAUGACUAUGGCCGGGAUUUGACUGGUGUCCAGAACCUCAGGAAGAAGCACAAGAGAUUGGAAGCUGAGCUGGCAGCUCAUGAGCCGGCUAUCCAGGGUGUGCUGGAUACUGGUAAGAAACUGUCUGAUGACAACACUAUUGGAAAGGAUGAGAUUCAGCAACGACUGGCUCAGUUUUUGGAACACUGGAAGGAGCUGAGGCAGCAGGCAUCAGCCAGGGGUCAAAGGCUGGAAGAGUCUUUAGAGUAUCAACAAUUUGUAGCCAAUGUAGAAGAAGAGGAAGCCUGGAUCAACGAGAAGAUGACUCUGGUAGCCAGUGAGGACUAUGGAGAUACCUUGGCCGCCAUCCAGGGAUUGCUGAAGAAGCAUGAGGCCUUUGAGACUGACUUCACCGUGCACAAGGAGCGAGUCCAUGACGUCUGUACCAAUGGGCAAGACCUCAUCCAGAAGAACAAUCACCAUGUGGAUAACAUAAGCGCUAAGAUGCAAGGCCUUCGCGGGAAAGUGUCAGAGCUUGAGAAAGCGGCCGCUCAGCGCAAGGCCAAACUCGAUGAGAACUCCGCCUUCCUUCAAUUCAACUGGAAAGCAGAUGUGGUGGAAUCAUGGAUUGGUGAGAAAGAAAACAGUCUGAAAACUGACGAUUACGGCAGAGACCUGUCAUCUGUGCAGACGCUACUUACUAAGCAGGAAACCUUUGAUGCUGGGCUUCAGGCCUUCCAGCAAGAGGGCAUCACCAACAUUACUGCACUAAAAGACCAGCUCGUUGCAGCCAAGCACAUCCAGUCCAGGGCCAUUGAGUCCCGCCAUGCCUCCCUAAUGAAACGAUGGAACCAAUUGCUGGACAACUCUGCUGCUCGCAAAAAGAAACUCCUAGAGGCCCAGGAGCACUACAGAAAGGUCGAGGACCUAUUCCUGACAUUUGCCAAGAAGGCAUCUGCCUUCAACAGCUGGUUUGAGAAUGCAGAGGAGGACCUGACUGAUCCAGUCCGCUGCAAUUCCCUGGAAGAAAUCAAAGCUCUGCGCGAGGCACACGAUGCAUUCCGGAACUCUCUCAGCUCCGCACAGACUGACUUCAACCAGUUAGCUGAACUGGACCGGCAGAUCAAGGGUUACUGUGUGGCCUCUAACCCUUACACUUGGUUCACCAUGGAGGCUUUGGAAGAGACUUGGCGUAACUUGCAGAAGAUCAUAAAGGAACGUGAAUUGGAGUUGCAGAAAGAACAGAGAAGACAGGAAGAAAAUGAUAAGCUACGCCAAGAAUUUGCCCAACAUGCCAAUGCAUUCCACCAGUGGAUCCAGGAGACUAGGACCUAUCUUCUGGACGGCAUAGCCUAUCGCAGAGUCAUACGUGUGUAUCAGUAUGAAGUUGGGGAUGAUCUAUCUGGAAGGUCUUGUAUGGUUGAAGAAUCUGGAACCCUGGAAUCUCAGCUGGAAGCCACAAAGAGAAAGCAUCAGGAGAUUCGUGCAAUGAGAAGUCAGCUGAAGAAGAUCGAGGACCUCGGAGCAGCAAUGGAAGAGGCCUUGAUAUUGGAUAAUAAAUACACAGAACAUAGUACAGUUGGGCUGGCACAACAGUGGGACCAAUUAGACCAACUGGGCAUGAGAAUGCAACACAACCUCGAGCAGCAAAUCCAAGCCAGAAACACAACGGGGGUAACGGAAGAAGCACUGAAAGAGUUCAGCAUGAUGUUCAAGCACUUCGACAAGGACAAGUCUGGCCGUUUGAACCACCAAGAGUUUAAAUCCUGCUUGAGGUCCCUUGGAUAUGACCUUCCAAUGGUAGAAGAGGGAGAGCCUGAUCCAGAGUUUGAAACCAUUUUAGACAUCGUAGAUCCCAACAGAGAUGGGCACGUUUCCCUACAGGAAUACAUGGCGUUCAUGAUUAGCAGGGAAACCGAAAACGUGAAGUCCAGUGAGGAGAUUGAAAGUGCAUUCCGAGCGCUGAGCACAGAGCAGAAGCCAUACGUCACAAAGGAAGAACUGUACCAGAACCUUUCACGUGAACAGGCAGAUUACUGCAUCUCGCACAUGAAACCAUACAUGGACAGUAAGGGCCGUGAGCUGCCCUCUGCGUUUGACUAUGUGGAAUUCACACGCUCGCUCUUCGUGAACUGACGUAGCAGAUUUAAAGCCCUUGCUUGUGCCUGCUGACUUUAGCUGUGCAUGUCUUCUCGUGUCCUCACUGUGUUGUCAUUGCUUUUAGCUUUGGGUUUAGCCAACUGAAGGAGCAAUAUAAGCAGUGUGCUUUAAUAAAUGUUAAUUAUUCAA